CACGUUUAAAGUUUAUUCUGACUUUAAUAUUGAUGAAACGAAGAUCAGUGUACAUGAUGAUUAUCUGUAUUAUAGCUGCUCUGUUUGCACUGACUGCAGCAAAACCAUGUGGCUCAGACCAUGACGAGCUCCUGCUUCAGCUAAAUAAGGAGCUGCUGCGUUCCACUGAAGACCUGGACUCUCUCCCCAACCCCAGCGUUCACAUCGCACUGCGCCUCUCGUCCCACCACAACCUGAACAAAGAGAGCCAGCACCUCAACCAGCUCAAGGACAAGUUUCACAAAGAUAUUCAGAAGUCUUUGAAUGAGGGGCAGUUGGUGUUGGGUCGUCUGGCUCUUUAUGUGCUGGCGUUAAAGUCUUCCUGCCAUGAUCUGAGCUGCCUGAAGCUGUCUGUUGGGGAGACCAGUGAACCCCUGCUCACCCACCUCAAGAGACAGAUGGAGAUGGAGAAAGAUCACAUUUCAUUCAGCCAUCGUCCCCUGACCAACUACUACCAGUACUCUCUGGGUGUUCUGGCUCUGUGUGUUAGUGGGGUGAGAGUCAGUUCACACGUCAGUCACAAGCUCAUCCAUGCUGUCCUGCACGACCAGAUCAAACAUGCCGACUCCUUAAGCAUAGACUCUCUCGCGAUGGCAGGAAUGGCACUGCAGUGUCUAAAAGAAGCUGAAACUCCCGUCACAGACGUGGUGGAGCUGGACAGAGCUUUGUUCACCAUCAAAAAGAAGCUGCUGGAUUCACAGAAAGACGGCCACAUGGGCAACGAGUUCAGCACCGGCCUGGCUGUACAAGCUUUACUGGCGAUGGGCAGCGAUGUAAACGAGUGCUCUACAUUUAUAGAGACUCUGUGUUCAGAUGUUAAAAAAGGUAUCUUCAAAAAUGCCAUGGCCAUCUCUCAGACCCUGCCUGCUCUCCAGCUGCGCUCCUACCUCCAUCUGAAGAACAUGGACUGCCACAUGGAAAACGAUUCUCUCGUUUUAGAUCCUGCCCUUGAUGUGGAAGUCCUGCCGAGCUUAGCUAAAAUCCCUCUUGAAGUGGAAGUGGUCAAAGCAGACGGUUCAUCCUUUCAAUAUCUGUUUGACGUUCCCAGCAACUCCUCACUGCUCGAGGCUCUCACCCUGCUUCGUGAACAGCAGAAGGACUUCACGUUCGAAACAGAGGACAGUCUGUGGGGACCCUUCCUUAGUCUGGUGAAUGGAGAACAGGCACGUCAGACCCACCGUAGAUACUGGCAUCUCGCUGCAGAUGGCACAUCUUUAAGCCAGGGUAUAAAUGACUAUAAGAUUGAAGCAGCUCAGAAGAUCACCAUCAAGAACACUGCAUACUGAUUCUAACUGACAAGAUGUUUAGUGAGAAUAGAAAACAGAAUCUACCGGAUUAAAAAUACCAGAGAAAAUACUGUCGGAAACACAUGACAUGAAUUAUACAUUUUGACUUAAUAGAAGAUAAUUACUUAUACAGUAGAAGUGUUAUUACUUAAUACUCAUUUCUAUUUGUGGCUGAAAUUAAACAUUAAUUUUAAAUCCA